AUGAAUUGCCAAAAAUGCCGUCAGCCUCUCCGGCUGGACGGUUCCCUCGAGGAUCUCAACCCAGCUGCCUAUGAUGUCCUUGUUGCUUCUGCAUCCCCGCAAACCCUCAAGAAAUCGCUUGUACCAAAUCCGCCGCUCGCGCAACCACAGGACCAAUCGCGGAAGUCACUAUAUGACAAGGUAUCACGCAAUGCAGGGCCGCCAACGUUCAAGCGCAAUCAUGGAAGUCAUCCUCGCGACUCGUCGAUGUCUUUCGUACUACUAUCCGAAUCGCAAAUGGCUCGACCAACCCCAUCGUCUGACCGUCCUACACCACCAGCAGUCCUGCGUCGCGCCAGCUCCAGCAAAAGCAAUGCGGAUAACCCUGAUGCGCCUAUGGGAAACGAAAUGGACAGAAUCAACCGUCUUUUCGACAUACUAUCGGCCCGGUCUGAUAUCGAUCAUCCAAUAUGCGUCGAAUGCACGGAAAUGCUUGUAGAAGGCUUGCAAAAGAAGCUCGAGACUGCCUCACGCGAAAGGGACUCUUACGCUAAGCACCUGAAAGAGGCAAAGACGAACAAACCAAGCGAGGAAGAUAUGAAGGUCCAGGAGGAAGCCCUACGAAAGGCCGAGCGAGACAGGACUGCAGCCAUGGAGGAACUUAAGAAAUUAGAGUUAGAAAAGACUUCACUAGACGAGGAUCUUGUACUCCUUGAAGAAGAGUCGCGGCAGCUGGACAAGGAGGAAGAGAAGUUCUGGAGAGAACGAAACGAUUUUGCUACCAGAAUGGCCGAUUUUCAGGCUGAAAGGGACAGCAUCAACGCCAAGUACAGCAAUGAUUCACAACUCCUGGAGAAGUUGCAACGAUCCAAUGUGUAUAACGAUACCUUUUGUAUCAGCCAUGACGGGAGCUUUGCCACGAUCAAUGGUCUUCGACUCGGGCGCUUAUCGAACAAACCUGUGGAUUGGCCUGAGAUCAACGCGGCUUGGGGGCAUGCUUUGCUAUUACUGGUGACAGUCGCGGACAAAUUGGCAUACAGGUUUGAUGGCUAUGACCCACAGCCCAUGGGCAGCACGUCCAGGAUUAUCCGAUACGAAGUUCCGAGCCCUUCAUCGAGCAGACUUGGCAGUCGUGCUGCUAGUGUACCCCCUAAGAAGCAUGUUCUCGAGUUGUACAGCUCCGGGGACAUGCCCCUUGGGCUUACCUUUAUGCAUCGACGUUUUGACAAUGCCAUGGUGGGCUUCCUAGAGCUUGUGCGACAGCUGGGCGCGUUUGUGCAUAGGCAAACUGACGCUACUGGCACGCCGCUUAGUUUGCCGUACAAGAUCGAUGGUGACAAAAUAGGGGACGUGAGCAUCAAACUCGGCAUCGCUCAAGAUGAUGGUUGGACUAAGGCGUGCAAGCUGACGUUGACAUGCUGUAAGUUUCUGCUUGCUCACGCCAGUAAUGUGACGUCCAACGCACGAAACGGGGGCAGUUAA